AUGCCAAGCGGAGGUAACGGAGUCAGUAACGGUGCCGUUAACUCAGGUUCCGGCGCCGGUAACGUUCCGAUGUAUAAGCCUUACCGUCACCUGAAAACCCUAGAAGGUCACACGGCGGCGAUCUCAUGCGUCAAAUUCUCCAACGACGGGAAUCUUCUCGCUUCAGCUUCCGUCGAUAAAACCAUGAUUCUCUGGUCGGCGACGAAUUACUCUCUGAUUCAUCGAUACGAAGGUCACGCUCAAGGUAUCUCCGAUCUAGCUUGGUCUUCUGAUUCGCACUACACUUGUUCCGCUUCUGAUGACUGUACGCUUCGAAUCUGGGACGCUCGAGCUCCGUAUGAAUGUCUUAAGGUGCUUAGAGGUCAUACGAAUUUCGUAUUCUGUGUUAAUUUCAAUCCUCCUUCGAAUUUGAUCGUUUCUGGAUCGUUUGAUGAGACGAUUCGGAUCUGGGAAGUGAAAACUGGGAAAUGUGUUCGUGUGAUUAAAGCUCAUUCUAUGCCGAUUACGAGUGUUCAUUUCAAUAGAGAUGGAUCGUUGAUUGUUUCUGGAAGUCAUGAUGGUUCUUGUAAAAUCUGGGAUGCUAAAGAAGGAACUUGCUUGAAGACUUUGAUUGAUGAUAAAUCUCCAGCAGUUUCUUUCGCCAAAUUCUCACCUAAUGGGAAAUUCAUACUCGUCGCGACUCUCGAUAGUACUCUCAAGCUAUCGAACUAUGCGACGGGGAAGUUUCUGAAAGUAUACACAGGACAUACAAACAAAGUAUUCUGUAUCACAUCGGCGUUUUCUGUAACGAACGGGAAGUACAUUGUGAGCGGAUCAGAAGACAAUUGUGUGUAUCUAUGGGAUCUUCAGCAUAAAACUAUACUGCAGAGACUAGAAGGCCAUACAGAUGCAGUGAUCUCGGUGAGUUGCCAUCCGGUUCAGAACGAGAUAGCUUCGUCGGGAAAUCAUUUAGAUAAAACUAUCAGGAUUUGGAAACAAGAUGCUUGA